UUAAAGAAGCAGAAAAUCAUUACAAUAAAAGGGAAAGAAUUCUGAACUCUGAAUUUGAGUUUUUUGUAUACUACAUGUCAAAUAUUUUCCAAUUGUUCACCCAUGCAGUAAGAUCCAGUCUUUGGAAUUUGGAGGUGCUGAGAUGAAUCGUUACCUGAAUUUUUGGAUACUUUCAGCUAAUUAUUACCAGCAAUGUCACUUUUACCAUCUUUCUCAUCUAUCCAGAAGAAAAAGGCUUAACCUAAAGCAGUACAUUUUUAGGCCAAAUUGGAACCAUAUAUAUUAUUCUCCAUUACAAAGAAACUGGUCAAGGCAAUAUUGUCAGCAAAAUACCAGGAUACUGUGGAAACAUAAAGCACUACAGAAAUAUGUGGAGGACUUGAGUGGAGAAUAUCAGAAACUUGAUGGAUUAUUGCAUCAUAUUUCUGUGAGUGAAGGUGAUCGAAGGACUAUGAGUAAAAGACAUGCUGAGUUGGCUCAGUUUACCACCAUCUAUAAGGAAAUUCAAGAGUCUGAAAAAGCAAUUGAAGAAUUAGAAUCAAUGUGUAAAAGUUUAGACAAACAAGAUGAGAAACAGCUACUUGAACUUGCUUUGGAAGAAAGAGAAGUCAUUAAUCAAAAGAUCAACAGGUUGUGCAGAGAGCUUUUCCAGUCUCUAGUGCCAAAGGAGAGAGAUGACAAGAAUGAUGUUAUUUUAGAAGUAACAUCUGGAAGAACAACUGGAGGUGAUAUCUGCCAACAGUUUACCAGAGAAAUCUUUGAAAUGUACCAGAGCUAUUCCUGUUACAAGGGUUGGGACUUUGAGACUCUGAACUACACUGCAGCUGACUAUGGUGGCUUGCACCAUGCAGCAGCUCGAAUUUCUGGUGACAGUGUCUAUAAGUAUUUGAAGUAUGAAGGUGGGAUUCAUCGAGUUCAAAGAAUUCCUGAAGUUGGCCUUUCCUCAAGGAUGCAGCGCAUUCAUACUGGAACAAUGUCUGUUAUUGUUCUUCCUCAGCCAGAUGAGAUAGACAUUAAAGUGGAACCCAAGGACUUGCGUAUAGAUACAUUCCGAGCCAAAGGAGCAGGAGGGCAGCAUGUUAAUACAACAGACAGUGCUGUACGAAUUGUUCAUAUUCCCACAGGAUUAGUUGUCGAAUGCCAGCAAGAACGAUCACAGAUCCAAAAUAAAGAUACAGCUUUGCGUGUCUUAAGAGCUAAACUCUACCAGCAGACUGUUGACAGAGAACAAAGCAAAAGACAGAGUGUUCGAAAACUGCAGGUGGGAACAAGAGCCCAGUCAGAAAGAAUUCGGACAUAUAACUUCACCCAGGACAGAGUCACUGACCAUAGAAUCUCUUACGAAGCUCGAGAUAUUAAGGAAUUUCUAUGUGGUGGGAGACCUCUGGAUAUGCUGAUCCAAAGACUGCUAGUGUCAGCAAAUGAAGAAGCCCUUGUUGAAAUUUUGGAUAAUCACUUUAAAUCUUUUGAAGAAAGGAAGUAAAAUAAACUUUGUUAAAAAAAAAAAAACAAAAAAAAAAAAACAAAGAAACUUGGGUUGGUUUGUUCAGUUCAAUUAUUUGGUUUGUUUUUUGGGUUUUUUCCUCAACUCCUCAUGACUCCAUUUGAAGUUUUCUUAGAUUAGAUUUAAGUUAGAAUGCUUUGCCAUUUCCUUUUUUACUUCAGACAAACUAUGUUGGAGUUCUUGUUCUUCUCAAAACACAGCCGAUUUAGCUUAGAGCCCUCCAAAUGUCUCAAAAUCCAAAGGUUCUGUCCUUUAGCCUCUGCCUCUGCUUUCUUCAGCCUCCAACCAGCACAGAGAUGGAAUGAAUCUCUUGUCUCCUUCACUUGGGGCUCGGCAGCUUUCUGGUGAGUCUUUCAGACCAGCUUGGUCUCAGUGGGGGAAGUGCAGGAGCCCAGCCACCAACCACAGUGGUGUGAGAUGAAGAUGAAUCUGGUUGUCCGCUGAACUCUCAACUCGUAGCUUUAUCCUCUGAAAACUCUUCUUCUGCCACCAGCCAGCCAAAUAGAAAAUAUUCUCCCUUGCCUCGGAGAGAGGGCUUCUGGCGUAAUUCAGCUGAAAUCUCCCAAAGUACUCUGUGUCUGCACCAGAGUGCUCCUCUCCAACCAACUGAACUCUCUUCUUCGACCAGCCAGCCAAGUGGAAUAUAUUCUUUUUUUUUUUUUUUUUGCAUCCUGGCUCAGAUACUUUUUUUUUUAAUUUAA